UGCAUUCAAUUAUUUAAAAACGCUAUCGGCUUUCUAAUUCCCUUUUGCUUUCGAUUAUCAUUCAGUUGCGAUGCUCAUCAGUCCCGCCACUAUCCAUCAUUAAUCAUAACGCUGAGUACAACACGACCCCUAAAAACAACGCACACAACAGUUUACCAGCCCCUGUAAAGAGUUUGUGAAAGUGGCCUGACGUCACACUCCCACAAUGCUCGCGCGCCCCAUAACUCUGCCGCUGCAGCCUGAGGAGCGCGAGACACUCAGGCCCCGAAAAAAGAAAAAUUAGAGAAAAAAUUGUGAAAAAAUAAUAAACCAACAGAUCAAGAGGAGAAAGACCGGGAACGGUGGCGUGGGUCUCCCACGGAUGAAGACAAUGAUGAGCACUUUUGCCUCCUACUGGGCCGCAAUUAUGGCAGGUGGGACAGGAUAAGAGCAUAAAGGUAAAGGAAAAAGACAGACAAGCACUUACAUUUCAUUUGGGAGACACGUUUUCAGCACGUAAGAGGAUUGCGGAUGACCUACGAGCCUUCACCCCCUUAAACUCCGCCGCGAUAUCGAACGGGAGCCUAGAAGGCAGGGCAGCCACGGCCGCGUUUCAAUGGCAACGCCUCCCUAGGGCUGCCAUGGCAGCAGCCGCAGCCGAUGCCCCACACCACAUUGCCUCACUGACGCUGGAGGACAAGGAUCGACGAACCGCCACCAAAGUGUUUGGAGGUCCCACUGCAGGGAGGACGGACAGAGAGUUAGAGACUGAGAGAGAGAGGGAAGGGAGAGGCAGUGGGAACGAGUGUUUGGUGUGCGGUACCCUCUUCACUUCGAAGGAUAAGCUUCGACUUCACUCUUUCUGUCACACAGGAGAGAAACCUUUCCACUGUUCGCAGCCUCACUGUCUCAAGGCUUUCAGCUCCAAAUAUAAGCUCUUUAGGCAUAUGGCCACACACUCCCCGCAGAAGACUCACCAGUGUUCAUUUUGCGAGAAGAUGUUUCACCGUAAAGAUCACCUUAAAAACCACCUGCAGACUCACGACCCCAACAAAGAGGCCUUUAAGUGUGAAGAGUGUGGCAAACACUAUAACACAAAGCUAGGAUACAAGCGGCAUAUGGCCAUGCACUCAGCCACCGCCGGCGAUCUUACCUGUAAGGUUUGCUUGCAAGGCUACGAGAGCACACCCGCACUCCUGGAGCACCUGAAGAGCCACUCGGGCAAGUCUUCAGGCGGCACCAAGGAAAAAAAACACCCCUGCGACCACUGCGAUCGAUGCUUCUAUACGCGAAAGGACGUUCGUCGACACAUGGUGGUACACACGGGCCGCAAAGACUUCCUGUGCCAGUACUGCGCCCAGCGCUUUGGGCGGAAGGACCAUUUGACGCGGCACGUCAAGAAAAGCCACUCACAGGAGCUGCUGAAGAUCAAGACGGAACCGCCGGAUAUGUUGGGUUUCCUUGGGUCCGGUUCGCCGACUUGUGCUGUGAAAGAAGAAAUAAGUCCUAUGAUGUGUAGUAUGGGACCUACCAAGGACUCGAUGAUGGUGAAGCCUUUUCCCGGCGCCACCCCUUUUCCGAUGGGAAUGUACAACCCGCAUCAUCUCCAAGCCAUGUCCAAUCCAACCAUGGGUCACCAUCAUUCACUGGUUCCCGCCUCUUUAUCCACUGCCAUGGGGAUGGGCUGCCACAUGGAACCUCCUUCAUCACUGCACCACCAUCACCCACACCAUCACCACCAUCACCACCCUCACCAUCAUCACCACUCUUCACCGUCACACCAGCAGCAGCCUUCCCUACAAAACCAGCAACAACAGCACCCGCCGCCCAAGUACCAGCUCGGAUCUACCUCAUACCUGCUGGAUAAGCCCCUGAAGGUGGAGAUGGAGAGUUUCCUGAUGGAUCUACAAUGUGGGCUCCCUGUUCCCCCACCUUCCUCAGCUGACCCCCACUCCGCAGCUUCGCCCAACAAGGAGGGUUUGGAACCUCCGCCGGGAUUGUCGGAUGACCUCUGCGGGGACUCCCUCAUGUCCAAGAGCCCCGCGGUCAUUGCUGAGUCUUUUUGUGCUGCUAACAUGGACUUCUCCCAUCUGCUGGGCUUUCUUCCACUCAAUCUGCCGCCCUACAGCGCCCCCAUGAGUUCAGGGGGACUGGUCAUGGGUUACUCCACCUCCUCAACUGUUUCUUCUUCGUCUUCCUCAUCAUCGUCGGCUUCUUCGCAUGCUGCCGAACCACAUGCUGCCACGAUCACAGCUGCGGUGCCUCUUACCUCGUUGCAACCUCAACCUCAGGAGCAGCCAGGCUCCGGUGGGGGUCUUGGUCUUGGGCCUCUGCACCCGCUCCCACCAGUAUUCAGCUCUAGCCUCAAUACGACCACUCUGCCUCGCUUUCACCAGGCUUUUCAAUGAGGUUCCUCACCCCAGCCUGGCCUGCCGAGGGCUGAGGUGCCUUUAGUGCUCCCCCUAGGGGUGGGAAGGUAGAACACUUGAACACGUAGAAGCCUUAACAAAAGCGCACAAGAGCUUUUUAAUGAAAUAAAGAUAGGAAAUAUUACAGAGCUUUUAUUUAGGCUGUCUGAAUUUUAGCUAUGACUUUUUAAAAAUACUCAGUUGUGAACCUCUCCCACCAUCCCCUCUCCUACAAUUUAGUAGUUAGGUGGCAGCAUCAGUAGGCCUUGUGGCAUGGUACUGCAUACUUUAUAAAGUAAUAAUACUAGUAGAAGUUGGAAAAGAUUAUUGUAGAAAAGAUGAUCUGUCUUUGAGACUCUGAAAGAUUAGUUUGAAGUGAUAUAAGAAUUUCUUUUUCUUGCUAUAUUGUCUCUAUUCUACUUAGUGUAAAACAGGUAAUAGUUGUUUGCCCUUAACUAAAACCGUCUUCAUUGUCAGGUGUGGAAGAAUUAGUGAAGGAAUUACGGAGUGAAAUGAGUCUGAAAUUUAAUUUGUUCUGGCUAAAAGGCACAACAAUUCAAAUCAGUUAAAAGACUAAAAAACCUCGAUUGGAGACCAUCUUAAACCAGUUUAAACAGACCACAAGGUCUGCAAGGCUAGUUUAAGCAGUUUUUUUAAGCAAGUAAAAUCAUCAUCUCAAAGGAUUUAAUAUUUGUAAAACUUAAAAGCAGUUACUUAUCAAAUAGUAGAUUGCGCCUCAAUAGGUGAACUGGAAAAGUUUUUUUUCCAGCUCUUUGUGUUCAUUUUUUUAUAGAAACAAUUACAGUAUCUGAGAGAGAAACAGAGAGACUAGAACAGGCAGAACACUGCACAAUUUGAUCAUUUGGUACAAUGUUACCACUGACACAACUUAAACAAUUUUACAGGUUUACAAUUUUUCCUCUAAAUAAGCACUUUGUUUACAGCAGAAGGCACUUGACAUUUUUGGGUUACUAUGGUGACCCGCUGAGAUCCCCUCCCUUUACCCACUCUAGCUUCACGCUUCCUGAAAAGAGACAUUAGACACACACAGGCACAAGUUCCAACAACUAACUCAAACAAGAUACUUUACCAAGUCAAGGUGCGUUUUACUCCUUCCAGCACUAAUUUUUUAGUCACCCUGGAAACCAUCUCACUUCCACAUCCCGCCCACCAGAUCACAACAUAUAUUUUAAAAACAAAAAGUAUAUAUAUUGUAUUUUAGGCAGGUUUUUAUUUUAGUGAGAGACAUACAUUGUAAUGAUAGCCCUGGUAUAUGUGAAUGAAAAAAGACAAAACAAAAACAAGAUUUUUUUUAUUUUUUGCAGUGUACGAAGUACCACAUCAAAAAUAUAUAUCAUGAGUGCUUUUUGUCAGUACAUUUUGUAAUUUAGAUAGUCGUAUCAAAAUUGUCUAUGUCUAGCAGGUUUACAUGAUCAUGUACCUUGCGUAAAAUUGAUAAAAAAUGGAUGAAGUAUUAGCUUUUCCCUAUAGCUUUCUCUCUACCUUGUAUUUCCGUGUGAGUCAAAAAUAAUGAUUUAUGUGGAAUUUUACCGAAAUAUAAUAGGACUAAUAGUGGCAUAAUCCAGUAGAAAGGACUAGAUAUUAAUCCUUAGAACAUAAUGUGAUCCAGGUUUCGGUUUGUAUUGUUUUAUUACAGUAUUGGAUCAGAUUUAUUGCUGUUUGGUGGUAUAGUUUCUCCACGAUCAUUUGCUCCAUCAGUGUUUGUCACUGAAACCCAGACAUCAUGAUUCCAAUUGCUUUAGCUUCAGGUGUAGUGGUUAACACAGAAACAAAUCUAUUGAGGUUUUUUCAUAUCAUAACAAGUUGCCAUUUUCCAGCAAGUGGACUGCACAAGUGUUUACCAAAUACUCAUUUGUAACCAAUGGCCAUGCGAAGAUGAAUUGUAGGGGAAAGCUGAUCAAUGCAGUUAAAGCCGUGCCUGAAACAAACAGAUUCGUAUUUUUCUCCAAAUCAUCCCUUACGGUGAAUCUCAUGACAUAAGGUUUUGUCCACCUCAGUGUGUAAAGUGAAUGUGAAAGACAAAAGAAAGGUAAAACCUUCGCAAACAAACAUGAGGCCACAUCGCAAAACUAUAAGGAAAGACAAAACAAUAUUAUGCUGCUUUUGUGCUAUGGUUGCCAGCAACUGUAGACCACUUUGGAAACUGCAAAUGAUCUUUUAGCAGUAGUACACGUGAACCGUUUUGUCCGUUUUCUCUCUGUUCUUCAGCUGCUUUGAUUCGAACAAACAUUUUAUGAAAAGGGUCUGAAAAGAGACAGUUUCCAGAACAAAGACGUCACCAGCCUGCUCUUUGACAUUCAAAGCAUUGGACGUUUGAUUGGGAUAUUGCCUAGUCGUUUUGUCAUUAUAUUAUUUUCUGUUUGUUGAAACAGGACCUCAAGACAACACAACGCAUCACCUCAUUUAUUUGUUUUUCAUACCAAAACCCUGGGGAGAAGAAACUUCUUUUUGCACAAUUGCAAGCUAAGGAAUAAUCGUUAUUUGAGGAUGAUCAAUAAAUAAUAAUGGUUUCAGAAGAAAACCAAAAACAUUUUAAUUGACUUGUAUCUGUAAAAAAACAACAAUACGAUUAAUUUAUUACUUUUGUGUUAGUUUGCGCAAGUUUCGCACACAGUUUUUCAAGUCAACGUUUUUUUGUAGAAUUUUUGCAUACUUUUUUUCCAAGUAAAAUUUCUUGGAAAACUGUCUGCAAAAACUUGCACAAAUAACAAAAAUUAGGUCAAUCGUAAUAGUUUUUUUUUCACAGUGUACAUCCCAUCCUAAUAUUUUAAGUUAUUAGGCAUUUGGAAUGUUUAUUGAUAUAUUUCACAUGUCCAGAAAACAGUUAUUGAAUAAAAUGUGGAAAUUUAACUUAAUGGAUUCAGGCUAAAUAAAGAUCUUUUAAAAACAUUUUAAAAUAUAACAUAUUUUUGACUGCAUUUGGCUUGAAUUCAUUUAGAAGCUAUUAAAGCAUUUAUUUUUAAUUUAUUCUUAAUAAACAGAUGUUCAACAGAAAAUAAGGCUGUUGGCAAUUUAUGAGUUUGUCCUCCCCGGGUUUUCUGUGAGCUGAUCUGAAUUCUAGCACUUUUAAACCUUUAAAAAAAAUGAGUAUUUUUCAGACUUGUAUGUUUGUAUGUUUUUAAUUUUGUAUUUGAUCUUGUACGUGCCAUUAGCUUGAUGUGUAGAAUUUAUUCAUCUUUAUGUAUUUGUUUUUUCCUCCUUUUCCAAAAGAGUAACAGUAUUUUUGAUAGAUUUUCACUAAUAUUAGCAGCCUUGGCCCUUGCCCCACUUGUCAUACAUUUGAGGAAGUCAUUUCAUCUUUAAAAAAGACCAUGUAGAGUAACACAUGCUUAUAAAUAAUAGUUCUCCUGAGUAUGAAACUUGACAGAAAGCCACCAUCAUUGCCACAAAAGAAAAACGGCUUUUCCAUUUACAACUACGACUUGAGGUGAUUUGAUCAACAGUAAUAAUAAACAGGCAGGUUAAACUGGUUUACUAGAAAUCACUCCCUGCCCCCAAAAAGCACUUUUGGUUUAAAUGAAGUUUUGCAUAAUAACUGCCUUGAUAGGUGGAGCUCAGAAUCUCAUAUAUGUUGUUUUUUUCUUUGGCAAGUGAUCAGGGUAUUUUUACAUGCAGCAUUAUAUUUACAUGCUGAGGACAGAUUAACCAAGCUAAAAUGAUAUUUUCCUCUUGUACCUGGGAUGCACUUGUCCUUUAUUACCCGAAUAGUAGUUGGUUCCUAACAAAAACAUUGAGGGGAAAUUUUAAAGGGUAACCAACAUAAUGUUAAACAAAACCAUCUGAUUUGACAAAAAAAAUACUUUUAAACAAUGGCUACGGCUUAAUAGUGAGAAAAUGGGUACUGUUCACAUAGGACAAAAUCCACAUGUAGUUUUAUAUAUUUUAGCUUAAUGUAAGUUCUGCAUUCCAAGCUUUCUAUGUAACUUGUUUAGCAUCAUAGUUUUACUUUUAGUACGUGCUUAUUACCAUGACUUACGGGAAAAAGGUGAAAAAAUGGAAUAUUCAUUCUUACACUAGUUUCUAAAACAUAAAGAUCAUUGACAGGAUGAAUUGUACAAAUAAUGUAUAACAGACACAACCAGUGCGCUUACCCAGUUCACCUGCAGUCAGUUACAGCAAUGUAAAGUUGGCAGAUUUGUAUAUUGGUUGAUCCAAAGAGAUGACAUUACAAUAAACCUAUUUACUUAUUGUACAGUACAUUGUACCAUUUGACUUAUGUGUAAUGUUAAAAUGAUUAAAAGACAAACCCACGGUUUCAUAUUUCCUGGUGUCCUUUUAGUUUGAUUUCCUGACGCUCACAGCGAUGGUGCGAGUAAUGUCUGAAAACUGCCAUUCACACACACCAUUCAGGCAGAACAGGAAACCGCACCACAGUGCACAAAUGAAAAGACAAGAAAGGCACAAUUCCAAGUAAUAAAAACUGAGCAACAGACAGUCUUAAUUAUACCAUCGUAUCACAAACCUAUACUUUCACAUCUUAAAGAGUUGUUUUAGGCCCAAAACACCCACAGCUACCAAACCAACAAAUACAUAAUGUACCAUAAUUUCUUGAGUAUGAAUGACUUAAAUCUGAAGGAAUUUGUGGUUUUACAGUCAUGUCUUGUAUUCCAAGAACUGUUAAGGCUCCGACGUCUAUGAGAAAGCACAGAACAGCCAAAUGAGAGAAAAUGGCCAUACGUAAUGUGCCGAUACAUAAUUCGCUCCAGAAUUUUUUUAACAAACAGUGUUUCUGCACAAUGUUUCAAAUCUUGACAUAAUUGGCACUUUUAUUGUUAUACAUUAUAAAGGGAGAGAUAGAGAAAUUAAAUAUUAUAAAGAAAAAACAUGCUUUUGCCUAAAAUCAAAGAUAGAAUCAGGACAUACAGAGCCUCAUAAUAACCUAAAAUGCGACAAUAUAAAGCACUGUAUUUACACCAUAAACAUACAUAAACCUGCCAACCAAACCUAUACAACAAUAAGAAUAAAGUAUAUCUGUAGAAAAUAUAUUCUGUUGUCCUUGCAUUUAUUCAUAGUCACCUGUACAGAACCUACUGAACCAAGAAACAUACAAUACCAAGGCCUACUAAAGAUGAAAGAACAAAACUCACUGUGUGUAAUAGCUCAGAAAUCUUUUUAACAGUUUUAACAAUCUAAACACUGGAGCUGCCCCACUUAACAGCCAGCUAUUAGAGAUCCAAGUAUGAUGUUUGUUUAUGAGCAACUUACAAUGUGACCAAUAUCAUUUCCCUGAUCCCUUCUAUAAAUCAGACGAUGUGUUUAGCCAAUGAUUCUUAUUUUAACAGACACAAAAAUGGAUUUCAGAAAAAUGUUCAAAUAAAUACGUUUGCAUUAUAAUCUUCGAUUUAGAGCCAUCUCAAACACUGAUGUUUUAUGUGUAAGCACCUGUCUCUUAAAAUAUGUUAGAUAAAAACCUUUAUAAAUAAAAACUACAAAGAUUUUAACUUAAAUCUAAAAAGCAGUAUCUUUAAAAACAAUUCUUUGCCCCCACCAUAACCCAAGGCAAAUACAUUGCUACCGGUUGACGCCUCGAACCCUUGGAG